CUAGCCGCCAUGUUGAAUUGUUGAAAAUGUAGCUUUUUGUUCUUUUUAAUCGAAGUAUUCGCCCCGAAACCUGUCAAAAAAGAACUACAAUGGCCGAAGCUGGUUCAAAUGUCAGUAGUGAAGAGCCAGAUGAAGAGUCUUUGUUCAUGUUAUGUGGGGUUUGUAGAAAAUCAAGCCAGGAUUCAAAUCCGAAGCUUCUACCAUGUCUUCACAGUUUUUGCUAUACAUGUCUAGAAGAACGCUUUCAGCARCAGCAACAACAGCAAGAUCCCAAACAAAACCCUGCUACAACUAACGGUUCGCAGACCUUAUCGCGUCUAAAAUGCCCGACCUGUGGUCAAGAAUUUCUCGUUCCUCAAAAGGGCAUAACUGGCUUUCUAGACAAUCAAUUUAUGCUCGAGUCUCUGAGUAAACUAACUCGCAAGAAAGAGAACAACGAACGAGUGUGUACUUCWUGUGARGAUAAGAGUCCUGCUACUUCUUAUUGUCUCGACUGUACUGACUGGCUUUGCGAUGCUUGUGUACAAGCUCACCAACGCGUCCGUGUAACAAAGGACCAUACUAUUCAAACGAUGGAAGAGUAUCGCGCUUCUUCGACCAACGAGGAUCAACGGCCAAUAUUUUGCAGUGUUCAUACUCAUGAACCCCUAAAACUAUUUUGUGGCCAUUGCGAGAAACUAACGUGUAGAGAUUGUCAACUUUUAGAACAUAAAGAUCACAAAUAUCAAUUUGUAAAGGAGUCGGCGGUAUCGUAUCGAGAGUAUUUACGAGCCCAGUUAAACCGUCUGUACGAGCAAGCACAACCUUUAACUGAGUCAAUCAAAGAUAUAGAAAAAGCAGCUAGAGGUUUACAAGAAAGAGAAGAAGUUAUAACUCAAGAAAUUCACAAAGCUUGUGAUACAUUAGUGAAAGCCGUCAAGCAAAGAGAAGGAGUUCUGAUAACCGAAUUAAAAGCCCUUGUUCAUUUUAAACACAAACUGUUGGCCAAACAAAACAAAGAYCUUAGGCUAAUGCAGAAGAUUCUACAACAUAAUUAUGGUUUUACCAGGCAUGUAUUGAAAUCAAGCAGUGACAUGACUUUGCUUUAUAGUAAGAAACAACUUAGUUCAAGAAUACAGAACCUGUUGAGCUUGAAGUACAAGGUUAAYCCUGUGGCCCAUAGUGAUUUAAAGUUUUCAAUGGAUGCUGAGAAAAUGGCUUCAUUUAUUAGUAAAAUGGGUUCUGUUAUUACUCCUGCUGACAARCCCCAGGGUAACAGCUCUGUCAGGAUUGACUCAGGUUUUCGCCCAGUUGCCAGUACUAGCGGCAUUCAACAGUCCAAGUCCACUAGCGGAAUUGAAGGUACACACCGUACGAACCCAUAYGACAACUUAACCAAGCGCCUUUCUGCAGCAUCAACAGUAACUAACAAUUUAACAGUUAAGUUAGCAAAUGGGCAGUCUUUAAAUACUGGUGGUGCUAGUAGUCCAGUCAUAGGUUACCCAUCAACGACUAUUAACAAGACAUUACCCAUUCUACCCAAAGGCAGCGUCGUAACCCAACCCACAAUGAAUACCUUAGCAACACUAAAGUACGCUGAGACAAUAGCAAACCARCGACAACAACAAGUAGCUACCUUCAAUAAAACACAGCCACUGCACCACUAUUUGGGAGGAUCCCCRCCGCAGAGGCCUUCCAGCACCAGUAGUACCCCACCYGAAGCCCACUCUAGUUCCUCACCAAGYGAAAAUGGUUUUGGCCAGAUWACAAAUGUUCGCAGUCUCAGCAAAAAUUCUUACAUCCGAAGACCAUCAAACAUGAAAAGGACGUAUAGCUCAUCAGGUCUUUCUUCUAGUCCUUCAUCGCAGCCAAGAGUAAAACAAGAAAGRCAGGAUWGUUUUGGAGAGUAUUCAAGCUGUUCAUCUUCCAAAAAACAGCAGGAAGAUGCAGCAAGCGGAGAGAGUGGGAUCGAUGAAGGAAGYGCCAACGAUGACUGGUGUGCUGUGUGUCGUAAUGGUGGUGAACUACUCUGUUGUGAUACAUGUCCAAGRGUAUUUCACCUACAAUGCCAUGUACCUGCAGUCACCCAGACGCCCAGGUAUAUUGACAGCUGGAGUUGUGGACUGUGUCAACAGCUGGACAUAAAAGCCCUACAAGCUGAAUCAGGAAACUCAACCCCACAAAGUGGCAACAAGCGUAGGUCAUCAUUGUCAGGUCUCAUGGAUUGGGAAAGAAAGAUAUGUGAAAAGAUCUUACUUGAGCUGUUCUGUCAUGCAGACAGCAUACCAUUCCAGCAGAGAGUUAGCAAAUCAGUUCCGAAUUAUUACAAGGUGAUAGCAAACCCGAUGGAUCUGUCUACCAUGCGUGCUAAGUUACAACCACAACAUUUUCAACACUAUACAUCCAUCAAUGACUUUCUUGUUGACUGUAAGCUGAUUUUCCAAAAUUGCCAGACUUUCAAUGAUGAAAAUUCUGAAGUCGGCCGAAUGGGCAACAAUCUGGAACUGUACUUUAUGACCAUGGUGCAGAAGUAUUUACCAGAUAGUGUAGAAAUCCCUGAGGUAGAAUCUACAGUACUCAAGAAAAGAAGGGAAGAAGCAAAGACUUUUAUACAUAGUUUGUGAUGGGUUAGGCAUUGUACAAUAUUAUUUUAUAAUUUACUAUUAACAUGAUGGAGGCAAUUAUCCCAUAUUAUAGAGAAUACAACCAAUCAAAAAGCAGAAAAGCCAUUGAUAUUAUAUUUCAGUUAGUACUCUAAUCUCCAGUGGGCUGGGUUGUUCAAAGMCAGAUUAUUACUAGUCCUGAGUUAACUCUUAGAAAAMCUAUGGAGUUWACCCUGGGUUAAUGCUAAUCUGGCUUUUAACAACCCAGCCCAGGGCUUCCAAUUAGACAUUGAUUGUGUUAYCUAUAAUAUCAGAUAAAAUGUUGUCUUAUAUAUGAUAUUGCAGUUUCCUGGACACCCCACUUUUCACUUGCAAUAGGCCAUGCACAUGAUGACGUAACUKUACUACCAAGACCAGAAUGCCCUGCUCAUUUUCUUUGUUAUUUAGAUUUUUAAUUCAUUUGGAUUAGUGAAAUAACUUGGACUUAUUAUUACAAAUUAAGAAAGUAGGCAAAGCAUUCUGUUCUUGGUAGCAUGUGACAUUAUUAUGAUGCAAAUCGCUUAUUGUUAAUGAGCCAUUGAACUGAAGAGGGUUUCUUAUAAGCAAAGCUGGUUUUUGACAGCUAAAUGGCUCUAUGGCGAGAAAACAACCCAGGGUAUAUUAAUAAUAAUAUAUUGUAAUUGAUUCCUCAGUAUUAUGCUUGAWGUGUGUUUACUAGUCUCCUCCCACAGCAGUUACAAGGUUUGUUCCCAGGUCUCUCCAACUAAUGCCAUUAGGGUAGAGUGGGCUGGGAAUGAGCCUCGUAACGGUUGUGGGAGGAGACUGUGUUUACCAGAGGGAAUGCAAGUGACCAUUCUUGUACCCAGAUCAUUCUCAGCUUCCCAAUAAAAAGUCAAAGCCUCUGGUUAAAGACACUGGAAGACCAAGACUCUGGGUCAUAUGACAUGAUGCAUGGGAAUUUUUGAGCCAAUCAAAUCAAAAAUCUUUUGUUUCCAACCAGAGUCUUUAUUCUCCAUUGGGAAACUGAGAAGGAUCUGGGUACGAGAAUGGCAAGUGACUGCUUAAUGGUACCAUACUGUAAUGACACCGACUAAUUGGACAACUACAUGUAACAUACAUUUCAAACAAUGGAAACUUGCAAAAAAAGAUUCUUCUACAUUUUUAGGUCUUAUUUAUGAUAGACUUUGUGAUGUUUUUGAGUUUGUAAUGCAACAUUAGCCUGCAUGCGUUGUGUCAAGCAACAUCAAAUUUGGAUAUUUCAGCAGGAAUAUCAUACUACAUUUUGUAGCUUUCUAUGUUUAUAAUGUUGAAUACUUAUAUACUGCCUUUUGCAAAAAAUAUGAGAAUUGUUGAA